AGACAACCGCUGUUUUGCUCCGCAUAGUCGAGAAGUAUUGCUAUGUUGCCGAGCCUGGUCAGCGACAAUGCGAAGCUAAUGCGUGGGAUCCUGCCGCCUGCACAUAGCUAACGCGUCGAUCGUCGAGCACUGUAUCAUAAGGUCGUGCAAAAGUACGAUUCAUUCCAAGGGAGAGAGCCUUUAUGAUAAUAGUGCGACGAGAGCGGGGAGCGUUCUAUCUCGCAGGCUUCAUUUACCUCUCUCGCUGUACGCGCGUGUCUAUUUUCAUCGGAUCCAGUUCUUGGUUCGAUUUGCUGCGCAAUGGCGGACUCACCGGUCGAUGACAAUGACAAGCCCAUUGUCAUUGAUGACUCGGUUUCAGAACUCGACUCGACGUUUGCUGAUUCGUAGGGAUAAGGGCAUAUAUGCCGGCUGUGCUGCCUCACUGACGGAUUGCAAAGUGCCAGUGAUACCACCUCUCUCAAGUUCAGCGUCCUCAGAUAUCACUGCGUGCACAGGUCAUUGGGAACGACCUAAGCCCAAUGCAACCCAAAAUGGUCCCUCCCAAUGUCCAAUUUGAAGUGGAUGACAUCGAGAGUCAGCGGGCGUUCAAAUCACCCUUUGACUAUAUCCAUGCUAGGUUCCUAGCCUCAUCCAUCAAGGACUGGCCGCGAUUAUUCAAGCAAACCUUUGAUUAAGCAGUCCAGGGCUGAUUUAAUCCACGCAGUAUCUACACUGCUGACCCAUACCAAGCAAUCUAAAACCAGGAGGAUGGGCUGAAUUCUUUGAUUACGACUUCAACUAGCAUUCCGACGACGGUUCACUCAAGGAGACCCAUAUAUGCAGAUUAAUAUACGGCUGGUCACAGAAGAAACCCGGAUUCUGGGUCAAGAAUUGUGUCCGGAACCAAAACUGAAGACGUGGGCCAAAAAAACUGGAUUUGUAAAUAUCAGGGAGCUUGUUUUUAAAGUCCCAUGUGGGCCAUGGCCAAAGGACACUAGAUUGAAAGAGAUUGUUGCCUGGAACCAGCUACAUCCCUGGAAGGUAUAGAAGGAUGGACAAUGGGCCUUCUAUGCCGUGUUCUUGGAUGGUCUGCAGACGAAGUGCAAGUGCACCUCACCAAGGCACGACAGGAUCAUUGGAACCCUAGCAUCCAUACAUAUGAUUACAUGUAAGCAUGAUAGCCGCGCGAGCUUUUUGUCUGUGUCGAGAUAUUAUGCUUUAACUACCAUUCAUAUCAUUAGGUAUGUGGUGUACUGACAGAAGCCGGUAGCAUAGAGCAAACGGUUCUCGGAGUACAGAAUGUGUGACGAAGGAUAUUAAUGUAUAAAGAAUAGGAUGUUCAUAUCGAUUUGCUCUGGAUCGUACACACAUAACUUGUCUUUUCCUAGCCUCAGAAGGCUCAUCUAUUUCAAUGAUAACCAAACCCUC